AUGACUGAUCGCCGUUUAAGUAGAGCCAAUUGGUCUACCAAAACCAAGGACUCUGUUCACACUAAUCCUCCUUACCGUCAAUUUCUCAGUGUUCCCGGACAAGAUGUCAUUGAAGAGGAGAAAGAGGAUGAAGAGAAUGUCAUCGAAGAAUCAUACAAGCCACAACCACGGCCUCCCAAACAACAUCCCCCAUUGGAAACCCCCCCACAAAAGCCUCAAAAAUUAUCGUCGGCAAGUCGCACACGUCGUGUAACGAUAUCUAAGCCUCACCGUGUCGAUAACUCUGGCCAUAAUAGACGGUUCUCCGUUCGAAUUCCUCGGCCGGACAUUGCGGUGCUUGGCAAUGUACCUGCGUUGCCAAAGGAGGCCGCUACGAUGGUGAACAAAGAGCAAAUAGUUCAUUUGCCUCAGCAGUCUCUCAAGGAGACACUACUUUCCUCUAGCUACGACCCUACAACAUACCUUCACACUCAUCUUCAAGAUGCAGACGCCGAAAAGAUCGAAGUAGUCACCACCCAACUUGCUGAUUUAAGUCUGUCCAAUAAUUACGAUGUGAAGCACACGAUAACGCAAUCCUUAAACAGUGUUUUAGCUGUUAGCGAUGCUGUUUCAGCCACUGAAGAGAUGCUUCAAGGUCUUAAAAAGACAGUUAGUUCAUUGAACGAUGUGAUGUAUCAACAAUUGGAAGAUGCAAAUGCUAAUGGUGAGCAGUAUGGACAGCAACUACGACAACAGCAGCCAGAAUCGGCUCGAUCGGUUCCCGAUAAACGCCGUAGUGUGAUGAUUUUGGAGAAGAGGUGGGCUAGUAACCUCAAUGCGUUGUUUAAAGAGGUCGAUGGAGCUCAACAAUUUGUCUCUGCAAUUCCAGGACGUCAUGUAAUGGCACAGAGUAAACGUUGGGGAGAGCUCAAUGCACUCACAUGGAAACCAAUUCGUCCUGCACACCUUAUUAUUCUCAAUGACUAUUUAUUAGUAGCCACCAGGAAGAGAAUAGAAGAUAAGAAAAGGACAGUAGCGACUGGAUGUUGGCCCAUGAGAGAGGUUACAUUAGUGGAGCCUCAAAAUGGCAAUUCUAGCGCUUCUGGUGGAGAUGAUCAGUUUACAUUAGCAUUCAAAACUCGAAAUGCAUCACUGUUGUUUCAGACAGACAGCCAGAACGAAUACAAUAAAGUGAAAGUUGCCUUCAAGAAGGCGAAGGCAGAAUGUACAAGAAAUAGUGAGAUGGAUGGAGCCAGAAAUAGAAGCAAGAAUCUUCGUAGUUCCAUGAGCAGGCUUUCCUCGGAUCAUAUGAAUGGUAAUUCGGAGGUAUUGCACGAUUUGUCAUCACAACUAGCUCAUAGACGGGCACGAUCACGGGAUAGUAAACAGAAAUCGACUACGGAUCGUUUGAAUAGCAUUGAUGAGAACCUGACAAAUGUAGAGAUCUGUUUGGGACAUCAGAGGUUUGAAGAGAGUGUUGACCUAAUCAACAGAUUGAAAGAGCUGCUUGGAGCUAUGGAGACUAGGUUGAGGGAGGCCUAUGGAAGUGGGUUGAAAGUGUCACAGUCGGAUUCUCAACUCUCGAUCUUGAUCAAACUCAAGCAGCUUAAGUUGCAGGAGUUGACGGAUGAAUUAGUAAAGACGUUAUCGUGGGAGAUAUGCGAUUUCUAUAGUUCAAACCAGGAUAUUGUUCAAAUACUGGAUCUAUUCAGACUGUUGGGACUUGAAUCCAAAGGAAGAAGUGUGCUGUUAGACGCGAAAACUGCACAGUUGGAAGAAUUAGUGACAAGUGUAAGGUUUGAAGGUGAUUUAAAAAACUACCUGCUUCAGGCAUCGAUCCUCUAUUUCAAUUCGAUCCGCCAGACUUACAUAUUGUAUGAGCAAUGCUUCCCUCAGACCAAGGAUAAAACUUUUGUCAUUGAAUGGGCUAAUGAACGAGUCAGCAGCUACAAUAAGAUUUUCCAUCGUCAGUUGAUAGACUACCAGAGGGGAAGCGAGGUGUAUGACAGUUGCGAACGCAUAGCAAGAGAACAGUCCCAACCUUUGAAGCAAAUGGGACUGAACGUGGACUACCUAUUCGGCUUUUAA